AUGCAAACCUGCCAAUGGUCAGUGUCCGCUCUACUGUCGGAGGUGACGGAACUGUUGAGCAAAGGAGCAAUCUCCGAGGUUCCGGAGGAUCUCAAGCAGAAUGGUUUUUACUCCCGUUACUUCCUGGUUCCCAAGAGGACAGGGGGAGUGAGACCGAUCUUAGACUUGCGCAAUCUGAAUGCGCACGUGGCCAAGCGCCCGUUCCGCAUGCUCACCACCGGCCUUCUGCUGGAGGCCUUUUUACCAGGGGACUUCUGCUCGAGCAUAGACCUCAAGGAUGCUUACUUCCAUGUCCCGAUCGUUCGCAGACACAGGAAGUUCUUCCGCUUUGCCUUUCUGGGCAAGGCUUACGAGUAUACGAGGAUCCCAUUCGGCUACGCUCUAGUCCCACGCACCUUCUCCAAAUGUCUGGAGGCGGCUCUGGAGCCUCUACGCAGGGAAGGCAUCAGGAUCCUGGCCUAUCUAGACGACCUCCUGAUUCUAGCGUCGUCCCUGGAAUUGGCCAGGUCACACACUGUCCGUGUGGUGUCCUUCCUCACGCGACUGGGUCUCGCGGCUCGGCCCAUCAUGUCCCUGCUGGGCAUGAUGGCCGCAGCUCACAAGGUGGUUCCCCUGGGCCUGCUUCACAUGCGCAGUCUACAGGCCUGGUUUGCUCGCCAACGGGUCGACCCGGUGCGCCAUCGGAACCGGGCUUUGUCCCUGCCGGCUCGCCUACAAGGGGAUUUGAGCUAUUGGAGGGACCCCCUGGUUCUUUCUCAGGGCAUCCCGUUGGGCAGAGUGUCGGAGUGCAUCCAGGUCUUCACGGACGCAACCCUCCACAGAUGGGGCGGGGUGUGCCUGGGCCGGGCGGUCGGAGGCGUGUGGCCUCCCGGCACUCGCCACAUCAACCUGCUAGAGCUAGACAUGGUCUUAUUGGUGCUGAUGCAUUUCUCAAACCUAGUAGAGGGCCGCAAUGUCCUGAUUCGCUCGGACAAUCGGGCCACAGUCGCUUACAUCAAUCGACAAGGGGGGGUCAGGUCUCCUGCUCUCCACCGGGCGGCGACGCAGCUCUGGCGAUGGGCUUGUGCCCAUCUCCGCUCCCUAACUGCGGCCCACAUUCCGGGUCAUCUGUAUGUGGGCGCGGACAUGAUGUCUCGGAGCGGCCUCCAUCACAAUGAAUGGCGUCUCCACCCAGACAUCGUCUCCCUCAUCUGGCUGAGAUUUGGGGAAGCCCGGGUGGACCUGUUUGCGUCCAGGCAGAACGCACACUUUCGCCUGUGGUUCUCCUUGUCCCAGGCGGAUCAACCCCCUCUGGGGGUGGACGCGUUCUCGCACCACCCCUGGCCUCGGGGCCUCUUGUACGCGUUCCCUCCGCAACGCUGCAUAGCGCGCCUGCUGGCUCGGAUCAGGACGGAGGGGCUUCGGGUUAUCCUGGUGGCACCCGAUCGCCCCUCAGCCGUCUGGUAUCCAGAGAUGAUCCAGCUUCUGGUGGACCGUCCUUGGCCAAUUCCGCCCAGACUAGACGCGCUGUCCCAAGCAGAGGGCUCGAUUCUACACCCUCCAGUGCUCUCAGGAGCCCUCAAGGUCUGGCACCUGAGCAGGUCAGGCUUUUGA